AUGGUUAAAGAAACUAAAUUGUACGAUCUAUUGGGUGUCUCAUCCUCCGCUUCAGAUGCAGAAAUUAAAAAAGGUUAUAGAAAGGCAGCUUUGAAAUAUCAUCCAGACAAACCUACUGGUGAUACUGAAAAAUUUAAAGAAAUUUCAGAAGCUUUUGAAAUCCUAAGCGAUUCCAACAAGAGAUCAGUUUAUGAUCAAUAUGGUCUGGAUGCUGCAAGAAAUGGUGGUCCCUCUUUCCAAGGCCAAUCAGGUUUCCCAGGCGGUGGUGGUUCUACUCAUUCUUUUUCAAAUGAUGAUGCAUUUAAUAUCUUUUCUCAAUUCUUUGGUUCAAACGAUUCAGGCUUUUCAGGUUUCAGUAGUGGAUUCCCAAGUGGUGCUGGUGGUGCAAGAUUUUCUUCAAGCGGAUUCCCAGGUGGCAUGGGUGGUAUGCCCGGUGGGAUGGGAAGUAUGCCAGGUGGUAUGGGCGGUAUGCCCGCCGGUAUGGGUGGUAUGCCAGGUGGUAUGCCAGGUGGCUUUUCAUCUGCUUCACCUCAUGAAGAAGAAGUCGUCUCUGUCGAUAUCCCUGUUAGUUUAGAAGAUUUAUUCACUGGUAAGAAAAAAUCUUUUAAAAUAGGUAGAAAGGGGAUGCGUGGAGAACCUGAAAAAGUUCAAAUCGAUAUCAAUUUAAAACCUGGUUGGAAAGAAGGUACAAAACUAACCUAUAAAAAUCAUGGUGAUUAUAACCCUUCUACUGGUGGUAGAAAGACUUUACAAUUCAUUAUAAAAGAGAAAAAACAUCCCCUAUACAAGAGAGACGGUGAUAAUAUCAUAUAUACUUUACCUCUUACUUUUAAAGAAUCUUUACUAGGGUUUUCCAAGACUUUACAAACAUUAGACGGAAGAACUUUACCACUCUCGAGAUCUCAACCGGUACAACCUACUGAAGAAAAUACUUAUCCUGGUCAAGGUAUGCCGAUUUCUAAAAACCCUGGUCAAAGAGGUAAUUUGAUUAUUAAAUAUAAAAUUAAUUACCCAAUAUCUUUAACCGAUUCUCAAAGACGUGCCAUUGCUGACAAUUUCUAA